UGUUUGUCGCGCUACAGCAGCCACUUCACCGGCUUCUCCUUCAUUUACCGCAGCCGCGCCUCGAGCUCCGGCAGCAGCACCAGCUCGUCCGAGGCCAUCCGUCCCUGGGGCAGCAUCACCAGCUCCGGCUCCAGCUCCAGCUCCUCGCGCCGAGCGUCGACGUCGCGCGACGAUUCGCAUCACGGCAAGCGAAGGAGGCGCAAGCACCACAGGAUGCCGUUCCGCCAGCGCAUGGCCCGCCACUUUGGCGACUCUCUGGCCCCCGAAAAGGCGUACCUCAGCUACUACGAUGUGCUGCUCACCGUCGAGGACAUCAAGUCGCUCAAGAACGACUGGCUGACGGACAACAACAUCGCCUUCUGGGAGGAGUAUCUCGAGCGCGAGACGCUGCCGCGCUACCCCCAGGCCCGCAUCAUCCUGCUGCGCCCGAGCAUGACCUUUCUGUUGAUGAAGGAACCCGACAUGGCUCAUGUUCGCUCCGCGCUGCCCGACUUCAGCAAGGUCACCCACGUCUUCCUGCCCAUCAACGACAACCGCAACGUCGCCAUGGCCGAGGGCGGCAGCCACUGGUCGCUGCUGCUCGUCUCCGUCCUCGACGGCAUCGCCUUUCACUACGACUCGCUCGGCGGCGCCAAUUACGGCGAGGCCAACCUGGCCACUAGGAAACUCAGCGAAAUCGUCAAGCGCCCCAUCCGCUUCGUCAACCUCGACGACUCCCCCCAGCAGGAGAACGGCAGCGACUGCGGCGUCUUUGUCUGCCUGCUGAUGCGCCACCUGCUCGUCAAGCGGCUGCUCGUCGCCAACGCCAGGGAGAAGGUGUCCAUGAGCAUGGCCGGCAAGAUGGUCGAUAGCAACGGUGGCCGGAAGGAGAUGCUCCGCAUCAUUGAGAACCUGCGCAAGGAGGGAGAGCGUCGCCGAUCGUGA